CCAAUAUUACCAUAGAUGUAGUAGAUAGUAAAUCUUCUAUUAUCCCAUUUGUUUUGUUCUACUAAAUAUAUGUAGUUUACCCCAUUGUACAAUGUCUGUUUAUUUUUCAUCCUCUUCUAUCCUAUCCCAUAUUACCAGGUCUUUUUUUUUAUUUUACUUCUCAGCCACGGCUUACCCAUAAUGCCAGACCUUUUUAUUUUACUUCUCAGUUAGUUUACCCCAUAUUACCCAAUCUUUUAAUUUUACUUCUCAACUAGCUUACCCAUAAUGCCAGAUUUCUUUUAUUUUACUUUUCAGCUAGUUUACCCCAUAUUACUACGUCUUUUUCUUUAAAUUUGUUUUACUCCUCAGCUAGUUUAUCCAAUAGCACCAUGAAUAAAAAAGAAGGUGUCUUCCUACUGGCCAUUCUUGCUGUGGGUCUAUCAGUUUUCGUGAUCUACAGGAAACAGAUGAAUUGUAUAAACGUAAAAAAACCCACAAAAAACAAUAACCAAAAUAAAAAAAAAAACAACAACAACCAAAAAACAAAAUCAAAAUAAACAAACAACCAAACAAACAAAUACAAACUUUGCAAUGAAUCCCUUUUAUUUUAUUUCGGGUCUCCCAGGGGGGUGGGUGGGGUGGAGUUUGGAAUUUAACAUUGAACGAAUUUGACUUGCAUUAUUUUGACCCCUAACCCUUGAGGAGAGAUUUAUGAACAGUCGCGCAGGGCAGUGAGAAGACAAAGAAAGCUGCAACAGACUAUAAUAAAUAAACUAUGAUCCAGAUAGUUCUGAAUUAACUGACUUGUUUAACCCUCACCUAACAACGCAAUGAAUCGUAACAAAAGUUUCCGUUUGGAUGCACCCUAAACCCCUUUUCCCUGCAGGCCUCUAUUCAUACGACACUGGUAGUUGUGUAGCUAAUUUUAACUUAAAACUGCACAGGCAUUUUGAAUGUUAUGCAUAUACAAUUCCAUAGGGGGGAAAAAACAACACAAGGCAAUUUUUGUUCGUGUUACAUUUAGAUGUUUCUUCUCCAUUUCAGUGUCUUUCAUCAAACAUUUUAAGGCAAGAUGUCCAAAUGAAGGACGCUAAGUCAUCAACAAUAACGUUUUUAGCAAAAGAGCUGAAGAAGAAAUUGUCGCUGGCCAACGUGACGGCGAAUGUCGACAACAUCACGACAUUAUGUCGAACUCUCAAAGUCCAGUAUGAGGACAAAUGUAACCAGACGGACGUGGACGACAACUGCACGCAGAGGCAGCUGCCGGAAAACUUGGAGACCAGGAUAGAACAACUCGUGUUCAGAAAAAAUCUGAUGAUUUCCCCUUACUACCGUGACGUCAUCAGAUCCAUGAGCAGCACCAUCACGAGAUCGUAUGACCUCAUCAUUGUGAGCGCACUGUCGUCGAAUCACUACAGCGAGACGCAGGUAAGUGGUAAGAGGAGGAACGAAGUCCCUGGGCCUGGGGGGAUUUUUUUCUUUUGAACUAAAAGGCCGUAGCUCCACACAGCAAAUUGCGUCCCUCCACACACUUGGCUACCCCAUGGGAUGAUACAGAUUGGCACCAGUUGCGUCGUAGGAGUUGUAUUAAUGUAUCCUGCCUACGGGACCCCUUCUUCGGGUUCAGAUUCAGAGUUUCCUGCACUUAGAUGAGUUAAGAUUUACGGGUCCCAUCCACCCGGGGGCUGGAGAUAAUUUUUGUGUGUUUGUUACAAACCUAUUCUUACUUAAUAGGUUCGUUGGCUUCAUUGUCUAGGGGGGGUUUAAUUAUAUACACUUCACAACUAUAAUUCUUAGAUGAAAUAUAUUUAUUAAUCAACAAAUUCUUCUACCGCCGUUACUGUAAAUCAAAGAACAACACUCCACACCCAAAUCUACAAUAAUAAUGCAUCAUAUCCCUUUCCACACAAUACGUCACAAGAUACUAAGAAUAAUAGAUAAAACAACACACAUAAUCUCAAACCAACACGCAAUCACACUAUACACUCAAGUCCCUAACACUUAACUUGGUCUUUGGUGGAGAUUGUUCAGCUUACACCACUCGACCAUCCAGUCACCAGUGUCUGUUCACCUAUCCACGCUUUAUAUCAUUUAAUCGUGUCAAAGUGGCAACGAUUUUUUCCCCACAUUUUCCCUGACUUUGGUUCAAAAUGUAUAUAGCAUUGCGAUUUUUUAAAUUAUUAUCUUACUUUGUUACACUUUUUGCAGACCGACGUUUGGCGGCAUGGUGCUCGAUACAGCCCCCCUUGUCCAAUCAACAGGUCCUCGUGCGGCCCCCAUGCUGCUUUGAGUUUGAGAUCACUGUUUUAUAGUUAUUUUUCAACAAAAUUGUAUGUCUUUCUUAUGAAGCAACACUGCCCUUACAAGAUAACUCGUGCACAAAAUGCGCGUUCGAUAAUGUACGUAUUUUUUUUUAAAAAAGGACAAAUCCGACGAAAGAAAUUCAGAAAUGGACCUAGUGAUUUUCUUUUCACUGAAAACAAAUCAGAAGGUACAUCCACUACCAGAACCCCAUUACGUGGUCUUGAAGUUACUCUGAAUCUAACGCAGUGCCACGUGAAUCGAAACGUCCUUUUGGCAAACAUGACGAACAAAUGCUAAAAAAAUUUGUUUACAUUUUUUUUUUUUAAAAGGGCAAUCGAAUUAAAAUGCAUCAUAGCUCAGGAUGGCAUAAACUUAUUUUCGCCCAGAACUAUAACGCCUAAUAACUGAUUUCAUGCAUCAUGAAAUGUUCAACUGAGAGGAUCGUAGCAUUUAAAGGUUAAGAUUAUGUUUGAAAAGCAAAUUGCGGAUCGAACCCGCUCUCGAAUUACCGCCACAAAGUCAAUUUCAACUUAGCCACCCCAUCUUAACAACUGCCAUUAAAAAGGUAUAGAGAUUCUAUUUUUCAAGAUAUCUUUUCAGAUUGAAUUACAUUUUCUUUGGGUAUUUUUUUUAAGCGGCAUAGGAAAGGGGAGGGGGUGAUAGGGUCAGCCCCGGGCUGCACUUAUUUAUUUAUUGGGGUGGGUGGGUGGGCGGGGAGGUUGUCAAAUGCAGUUUUUCGAUGGUGACAAAAAAGUCUUGUGCCUCCCAGGCGUCAUCAACCCUAGCUACGCCACUGUGGUUUUGUAUGAUAUGUUUUAAAAUUAGCUAUUUAUUUUCAAGCAAACAAUUUUCGAAUUCCGUCCAGGAUUUUGUAAUUAAUGAAAAACGACAACUGUUUAAUUACUCCUACGAUGUGUUCAAAUCCUAGUUUGAUUUGUUGUUAACCUACCGACUCAUGCAACAGGCGAUGCUGAAGAACCUUCACCAAAAAGUGUUCCAUUGUCUCACCAACUUUUCGCUCGUUCUGUUCGACAUCGGACUGACCCCAGGGGAGAGGAGCGAACUGGAAAAAUACUGCAGGUUAUUUUUUAAAAUUAAUAAUAAAUAUUGGAUAUAACACCUACAAUUACUGAUGUGUAGAGCAACUACAUUUGUUUAUAAAAAAAUAUAAUCAUCAUUGCCGUUAGAUCUGCAUUUAUAUAGUAGACACGCUUUCCAAAAGGAACAGUUGAGACGAUAACAUCUGACACUUUUGUGUCCAUUGCCUCAGGCCUUCCAACCUCCAGUUCCUGGUAUCAUCGUAGAGUAGCAUUUGAAACCAGUGAAGAAUCCUCUUCAAAACCAUGCACAGAAACAUCGCGAACCCCCUCUAUAAGCUUAGGAGCCAGAAUGACCAAUACCUUGACCGUGGACCCUCAAAAUACAGAAUUAGAAGAUAACAACUUAAUCACUAAAAAUAACAAUUAUAGUAAUUAGCGUGUAUAAAACCACUUUCAUUAUAAUUUAAAAGAACAUCGUUCAUUAUACACACACGAUAAUCAUAGCAGGCCCUAUUUAGUUUCAAAAUCCUAUCUAAUGAAGAUAUAUAUAUAUAUUUUUUUUUCAAAUAUGCAUACAUUCUAUAAUCUAUAUUUGAAGAGCACAUUAAUCAUAUAUUCUAUAUUUCAGGUGCACUGUCAUCACGUUUCCUUUCCACCUCUUCCCUCCCCACUUUAGAACGAUGAAAUGUUUUGCCUGGAAACCUCCAAUAGUCAGAUCCAUGAUUGAUAAAGCGAAUGUUGUUAUUUGGCAAGACGCCUCCAUAAGGUAGGAAGUACUGUGUGUGGUUGAUAAAAUGAUUAAUUUCAAUAACGUCCUUUGGCUCUACGACUUUGUAAGGCAAGUUAAAUGAAAAUCAGGGAUUUCUCAAAGCAUUAACAGAACAAAUAUAUGCUUUAAAAAAAAAACGGCUUAUGUAUACAAUUUUAGUUCCAUAGCUCAUCAUAAAAUGGGGGAAUUUUUAGUUUCAAGAUUUUUGGUGAAUGAAUAGUUAAUCAUGAAAACUAAUUAAACGAUUUAAAAAAGAAAGGCCAUUAGAGCAAAAUUAAAAUUUUAGGAAGGUUUUCGCAGCAAACAGAGUGUAUAUAAAGAUAAACCUAGCUGAUGUUGUUAAUGAUGUGUUUGUGUUUGUGGACGCGUGAUUUGGUGCUGAGAGUGUUUGUGUAGCUGUUGUUAUGUGCUUCGUAUUUUGUGACGUAUUGAUGUAUGGGAUAUGACGUUGUUGGAUGUUAAUGAUUUGGGAGUGGUAAUGGAGUUGCAAACAGAAAGCGGAUGAAAGAAUACACUCUGUUCUUUAUGUUAAACAAUUCAUUGAAUAAAUACCCCUAGACGCAACGAAGCCAUUGGACUUCUUCUCCCCUAUUCACAGUUUGUAACAGACGGCAGUCGUCGUAAACAGAAAUAUGCUUCAUUUCUGUUAGCAGGCCUUCCCGUCUAUUUCGUUGAAACAGGUACACCCAGCCUGACGUCAUUCCCGUCAUGAUGAGACGAACCAUUGAGUGUGGAGUGCAGCAACGUUACUACAUGGGUGAAAUAGCCAAUCCCUAUUAUACACUUCCUCAGGUUAGUUGUAUCAGUGUAUCUGGCCAUUGUACACGACCAAUGUACCUGGUCUGUGUACCUGGCCAGGGAAUCUGGUUGGAAAAAACUAGUAAGUUUAGCUGGAAAAAUUCCUGGUCAGUGUUGCUAGUCCAUUAAUUAAAAAAAAAAUGUUUGAUCCAUUCAUGACAUUUCAAAUGUAAGAUCGUACGUUUCCAGAUGUGUGUUACGUGUGUCAUCGUACGUUUCCAGAUGUGUGUUACAUGUGUCAUCGUACCUUUCCAGAUGUGUGUAGCAUGUAUCAUCGUACAUUUCCAGAUGUGUGUAACGUGUAUCAUUGUACCUUUCAAGAUGUGUGUAACAUGUAUCAUCGUACCUUUCCAGAUGUGUGCAACAUGUAUCAUCGUACCUUUCCAGAUGUGUGUAACAUGUAUCAUCGUACCUUUCCAGAUGUGUGUAACAUGUAUCAUCGUACCUUUCCAGAUGUUUGAAUAUUUUGGUGACUCCCCAUGUGCACACAUGGCAUUCGGACAAUGCGAGGCAACGUUUGGCAUGUACCACAGGUAGGUCAAAGCUCAAAUCUAUCUAUCCAUCCAUCCAUGCAUCAAUCCAUCCAUCCAUCCCACCCACCCAUCCAUCCAUCCAUCCAUCCAUCAAUCCAUCCAUCCAUCCAUCCAUCCAUCCAUCCAUCCAUCCAUCCAUCCAUCCAUCCAUCCAUCAAUCCAUCCAUCUAUCCAUCCAUCCAUCCAUCCAUCCAUCCAUCCAUAUCUAUCUAUCUAUCUAUCUAUCUAUCCAUCCAUCCAUCCAUCCAUCCAUCCAUCCAUCCAUCCAUCCAUCCAUCCAUCCAUCCAUCCAUCCAUCCAUCCAUCCAUCCAUCCAUCCAUCCAUCCAUCCAUCCAUCCAUCCAUCCAUCCAUCCAUCCAUCCAUCCAUCCAUCCAUCCAUCCAUCCAUCCAUCCAUCCAUCCAUCCAUCCAUCCAUCCAUCCAUCCAUCCAUCCAUCCAUCCAUCCAUCCAUCCAUCCAUCCAUCCAUCCAUCCAUCCAUCCAUCCAUCCAUCCAUCCAUCCAUCCAUCCAUCCAUCCAUCCAUCCAUCCAUCCAUCCAUCCAUCCAUCCAUCCAUCCAUCCAUCCAUCCAUCCAUCCAUCCAUCCAUCCAUCCAUCCAUCCAUCCAUCCAUCCAUCCAUCCAUCCAUCCAUCCAUCCAUCCAUCCAUCCAUCCAUCCAUCCAUCCAUCCAUCCAUCCAUCCAUCCAUCCAUCCAUCCAUCCAUCCAUCCAUCCAUCCAUCCAUCCAUCCAUCCAUCCAUCCAUCCAUCCAUCCAUCCAUCCAUCCAUCCAUCCAUCCAUCCAUCCAUCCAUCCAUCCAUCCAUCCAUCCAUCCAUCCAUCCAUCCAUCCAUCCAUCCAUCCAUCCAUCCAUCCAUCCAUCCAUCCAUCCAUCCAUCCAUCCAUCCAUCCAUCCAUCCAUCCAUCCAUCCAUCCAUCCAUCCAUCCAUCCAUCCAUCCAUCCAUCCAUCCAUCCAUCCAUCCAUCCAUCCAUCCAUCCAUCCAUCCAUCCAUCCAUCCAUCCAUCCAUCCAUCCAUCCAUCCAUCCAUCCAUCCAUCCAUCCAUCCAUCCAUCCAUCCAUCCAUCCAUCCAUCCAUCCAUCCAUCCAUCCAUCCAUCCAUCCAUCCAUCCAUCCAUCCAUCCAUCCAUCCAUCCAUCCAUCCAUCCAUCCAUCCAUCCAUCCAUCCAUCCAUCCAUCCAUCCAUCCAUCCAUCCAUCCAUCCAUCCAUCCAUCCAUCCAUCUAUCUAUCUAUCUAUCUAUCUAUCUAUCUAUCUAUCUAUCUAUCUAUCUAUCUAUCUAUCUAUCUAAUCCAUCCAUUCAUCUAUCUAAUCCAUCCAUUCAUCUAUCUAUUCCAUCCAUUCAUCUAUCUAUUCCAUCCAUCCAUCUAUCUAAUCCAUCCAUCCAUCCAUCUCCAUCCAUCCAUCCAUCCAUCUCCAUCCAUCCAUCCGUCCAUCGAUCCAUCCAUCCAUCCGUCCAUCCAUCCAUCCAUCCAUCCAUCCAUCAUCCAUCCAUCCAUCUAGCUAUCUAGCUAUCUAGCUUUUACAUCGGUCAAGAAAUAAACAAACAAAAGCUAGUGCAAAAAAACAAAACAACAACAAGGAACAAUUCAAAUGGACCAUCUCUACGUAUUUACAUGAGUUAACCCAAAAGUUAACGAGUCAAUAUAUCUAAUGUGAAGUUUUAUUAUGUUUUUACUUUCAGAGAACCACUUGUAGUACAGGCCGUCCUUGACCCUUGGCUCGGGUGCGCACUCAGUCCUGUAUGCACGUGCCCGGCGAACCAGAGUCAGUAUCAAGACUGUCAUAAAUUUUCACUGGACCCCACCAAACUCGGACACUGCAUGAGGAACGACCAGUCGUCCAUAACGGUCAUCCUCGCCAAGCUGUUCCGAGAGAAAUUCCACCAUUUUGUUGUCAACGUCGAAUGGUUCCAGGAUAUCUUGAGAGGAGAGCAGUCGAUGUACUUCUCAACUUUGAACUAAGACAACAACAACAACAACAAAAACAAACAAAAAACAAAACUUCACAAAAAUUAAAACACAAACAUCUCAGAAUUUUUUCAAUUCACCGGUCUAUGUAUUUAUGAACAAAAUAAGUCAGAUGUGGUG